GUAGUUUUCUGAACACACGGGACCGGCAGGAGCAAAACCCUGGGUGCCGCCUGUUCUCUCGCCUUCAUUUCCCAUCGUGCUGAGGCGGGUGGCAUGGCGGAGAAGGAUGACACCGGAGUUUGACGAAGAGGUGGUUUUUGAGAAUUCUCCACUUUACCAGUACUUACAGGAUCUGGGACACACAGACUUUGAAAUAUGUUCUUCUCUGUCACCAAAACCAGAAAAAUGUACAGUGACAGAGGGACAACAAAAGCCUCCUACAAAAGCCCUGCCAAAACAAAGCAUCCUGUUAAAAGUGGCUGAAACCAUUAAAAGCUGGAUUUUUUCUCAGUGCAAUAAGAAAGAUGACUUACUUCACAAGUUGGAUAUUGGAUUCCGACUUGACUCACUGCAUACCAUCCUGCAACAGGAAGUUCUAUUACAAGAGGAUGUGGAACUGAUUGAGCUACUUGAUCCCAGUAUCCUGUCUGCAGGGCAACCUCAACAACAGGAAAAUGGACACCUUCCAACACUUUGCUCCCUGGCAACCCCUAAUAUUUGGGAUGUCUCAAUGCUAUUCGCCUUCAUUAGUUUGCUCAUUAUGCUUCCUACCUGGUGGAUUGUAUCUUCCUGGCUGAUAUGGGGAGUGAUUCUAUUUGUUUAUCUGAUCAUAAGAGCUUUGAGAUUAUGGAGGACAGCCAAACUACAAGUAACCCUAAAAAAAUACAAUGUCCAUUUGGAAGAUACAGCAACAAAUAGUCGAGCUUUUACUAAUCUUGUGAGGAAAGCUUUACGACUCAUUCAAGAAACUGAAGUCAUUUCCAGAGGAUUUACACUUUUGCUUGACAGGGUCAGUGCUGCUUGCCCAUUUAAUAAAGCUGGACAGCAUCCCAGUCAGCAUCUCAUCGGUCUUCGGAAAGCUGUCUACAGAACUGUAAGAGCCAACUUCCAAGCAGCAAGGCUAGCUACCCUAUAUAUGCUGAAAAACUACCCCCUGAAUUCUGAGAGUGACAACAUAACCAACUACAUCUGUGUGGUGCCUUUUAAGGAGUUGGGCCUUGGACUUAGUGAAGAGCAGAUUUCAGAAGAGGAAGCACAUAACCUUACAGACGGCUUCAGCCUGCCUGCUUUAAAGGUUUUAUUCCAACUCUGGGUGGCACAGAGUUCAGAGUUCUUCAGACGGUUAGCCCUCUUACUUUCUACAGCUAAUUCACCUCCUGAACCGUUACUUACUCCAGCACUUUUGCCUCAUCAUAUUUUAUCUGAUGUGACUCAAGGUCUACCUCAUGCUCAUUCUGCCUGCCUGGAAGAGCUUAAGCGCAGCUAUGAGUUUUAUCGGUACUUUGAAACUCAGCACCAGUCAGUACCCCAGUGUUUAUCCAAAACUCAGCAGAAGUCAAGAGAACUGAAUAACGUUCACACAGCAGUUCGCAGCUUGCAGCUUCAUCUGAAAGCAUUACUGAAUGAGGUAAUAAUUCUUGAAGAUGAACUUGAAAAGCUUGUUUAUACUAAAGAAACACAAGAACUAGUGUCAGAAUCCUAUCAAAUCCUAGAACAGAAAUUAAAGUUGAUUCAGCCCCAUGUUCAAGCAAGCAACAAUUGCUGGGAAGAGGCCAUUUCUCAAGUGGACAAACUGCUACAAAGGAAUCCAGAUAGAAAAGGCAAGCCUAAAAUAGCAUGUGAAAACCCACGUUGUACUGUGGUACCUUUGAUGCAGCCUGCUCUACACAUUGCAGACAAAGACCCAAUCCCUGAGGAGCAGGAAUUAGAAGCUUAUGUAGAUGAUAUAGAUAUGGACAAUGAUUUCAGAAAGGAUGAUUUUUAUUACUUGUCUCAAGAUGACAGAGAGAGACAGAAGCGUGAACAUGAAGAAUCCAAGAGGGUACUCCAGGAAUUAAAGUCUGUGCUAGGAUUUAAAGCUUCAGAGGCAGAAAGGCAGAAGUGGAAGCAGCUUCUGUUCAGUGAUCACGCUGUGUUGAAAUCCUUGUCUCCUGUAGACCCAGUGGAACCCAUAAGUAAUUCAGAACCAUCAGUGGAUUCAGAUAUGGGGAAAGUUGGUAAAAAUGAUACCGAAGAGGAAAAUAGUAAACCCUCCACAACUGACAGUGAACUAAGUAGUAGAACUGAAUAUUUAUGUGAAAACCCUCUAGAUGGUAAAAAUAAAGACAAUCCUACAAGUGAAGUCUUCUGCCAAGGAGUUGACAAAAGAGUGUGUUACCAAUGUGAGAGUGAAGAUGAAUCUCAGCAGACAGAUACAGGUAGCCUGGCCACUGCCUAUUCAACUCCCAGGGACUCUUUACAGCCCUCUAUUAAGCAGAGGCUGUCACGGCUACAGCUGUCACCGGAUUUUACCUUCACUGCUGGCAUCGCUGCAGAAGUGGCCGCUAGAUCUCUCUCUUUUACCACCAUACAGGAACAGACUUUUGGUGAUGAGGAAGAAGAACAAAUAAUACAUGAAAAUAAAAAUGAGGUAGAAGAAAAUUAAGAACCAAGAUUUACAUGAAGGAUUUUAAAGUAUCCCUCUUAUGAAAGUGUUUUAGCUUCAAGACUAGAUAUUCCACUGGAAAGGGAAAAUGAGUGUGAGUUUACUAUAUAUAAAGCUAAGAUGUGAAUUUACAGCAAGAACCCUGGUUUGAACAACUGAUCUGAAAAUAGUAGUUACUUGUAAAUGGCAAAUCUUUAGGAAAAUGAGAAAGGUAAGGACUCUUUUGAAUAAAUUGCUGUUUUAUUUGCAGCACAACUGAUCAAUCUUGGAAAUUCUUUAAGUACUUUUAAUAAGAAAUGAAUUUACAUUUCUUGCCACAAUUUGCUACUGUAAAAUGACUGGGAUAAUUCUGUUGCAAGAACAUUAACAUUUAGUACGACUCAUUUUUACUGUGUUCUCGCAAUUAAUAACUGCAGCUAUUAUGUUACUAACAGCUUAUUUGUACUUUAUUUUUGUUUAUACCAGUCUUAAAGGUACAGGUUCUGAAUAAAAAAAAAUUGAAUUCAUACAGUUAAUGUGUACUGGGUUUUAGAACUAAGUAGUAGUUUCAAAAGUACUGAGGUUAUGACAUGUUUCUUAUGUCUCCUUGUUCAUAUGUGUAUUCAGUAAAUAAUUAUAAGAGGUCCUAAUAAUUUUAAAAGAAAAACUGAACUAUUUAAAAAAUUACUCUUCUAAUUUUUUGUGUGUAGUCAUCUUCUGUUCUUGUUGCAACUACAAGAGAUGAUGUCUUAGUGGGAUCCCUGUGGUCCAAGGCCCCAUUCCCAACCUAGCAGAAAGUUCUUUUUUAUCAGUUUGCCUACAGAUUAUUAGUUGCCAUUAGCACAAGUCUCCAAUGCUGCUGAUUUCUAGCCUGAGGCUGUAUCUUCUCCACUUUACUGAGAUUCUGGAAACAUCCCAUGUGUUUCCUGGAAAGCAUCCUUAUCUCUUUAGUACUUCAUUUUUACAAACUACCUCUUAAAAGAGGUUGCUUUCCAAAUUGUUCAAUCUCAUCUGUUUUGUAUUGUGAUUGCAUUUUCAAAGAUAUUUUCAGGAUUAUACUGUUUCUUGAAACGUUUAGCUCCUAUGCACUGACAUAGUUUAUAUAGACAAUAUUUGGAGAAAAUGUAGGAAAACAACUUACGCUGAGUCUAGACUUUAGAGUUAAGAAGCAUAUUUGAAUUCCUGUAAUUUAGCACUUUGAAUGAGUAAAGAGGAUUAGUUUGGUUUUUUGGUUUUUGUUUUUAAUAAUCUGAGGGAAUUAAUUUUUUAUCCUAAGGUAAAAACUUGGUUCUGCUUUAUAUGAAUAGUAGAGAUUCUUUGUACUGUAAGUGAUUAUGCCUAUUGCCAACAAUUCUAGGACUUAUCCAUAGUUUAGUUCUUAGAAGCAUUAUCUUAGGGUGGUCCUACUUUACUUAUAUUUAGCCAAAGUUCAAGAGAAAAAUAUUGUUUUGCAUCUGAUGAUUAUAUUCUUAAAUAAUAAGAUUUUCUUUUUAAAUUACUUGGUUAGUUUGCCAUCCCCGUUUUCCUUGGAUUUAGAAGAAGCAAUUAUGGAAAUAUUUUGAAAUCUUUCAUUUAAUCUAUAACCUUACACAGGAACAAUUAGGGUUUAAUAAUUUUUAAUUCUUAUUUUAUUUUUAACAGUUGGGGGAAAAUAUCUUCAUAAUGUUUUAUCCAUUUAUUCAAUGUUCUCUAAAGUGGUACUUUUUAAUUUUGAAAGUCUAUUUUUAAUCAGGAAUUCCUAAGCUUACAGCCUGUUUUAUUCACUACUUGUUACUUAGUUCCAUGGAAUUCCAACUUGUUGAAAUCAUGAUAUAAGGAUCUUGAAACUUUUUUUUUUUGUAGAUCAUUAUUUUUUAUUGAAGGGUAGUUGACACACAGUAUUACAUUAGUUUCAGGUGUACAACACAGUGAUUCAACAUUUAUAUACAUGAUAAUUCUAGCUACCAGCUAUCACCAUACAAAGUUGUUACAAUAUUUUGACUAUAUUCCUUAUGCUAUACAUUACAUCCCGGUUACUUAUUUAUUUUACAAUUGGAAGUGUGUACUUUUUUUUUUUUUUUUUUUGAGAGGGCAUCUCGCAUAUUUAUUGAUCAAAUGGUUGUUAACAACAAUAAAAUUCUCUAUAGGGGAGUCAAUGCUCAAUGCACAAUCAUUAAUCCACCCCAAGCCUAAUUUUCGUCAGUCUCCAAUCUUCUGAAGCAUAACGAACAAGUUCUUACAUGGAGAACAAAUUCUUACAUAGUGAAUAAGUUACAUGGUGAACAGUACAAGGGCAGUCAUCACAGAAACUUUCAGUUUUGCUCAUGCAUUAUGAACUAUAAACAAUCAGUUCAAAUAUGAAUAUUCAUUUGAUUUUUAUACUUGAUUUAUAUGUGGAUACCACAUUUCUCUCUUUAUUUUUAUUAUUUUUAAUAAAAUGCUGAAGUGGUAGGUAGAUAUAAGAUAAAGGUAGAAAACAUAGUUUAGUGUUGUAAGAGAGCAAACAUGGAUGAUCAGGUGUGUGCCUGUAGACUAUGUGUUAAUCCAAGCUAGACAAGGGCAAUAAAACAUCCACGUAUGCAGAAGAUUUCUCUCAGAACAGGGGGGGUGAGGUUCUAAGCCUCACCUCUGUUGAUCCCCAAUUUCUCACCUGAUGGCCCCCCUGCAACUGUGCCUGUCUUAGGUUGUUCCUCCCUUGAGGAAUCUUACCCAUCUCUGGCUAACCAGUCAUCUUCUGGGGCCAUACAGGGAAAUGUAAAGUUGGUUAACUGAGAGAGAAGCCUUAUUGUUUGAAAAGGUUAGCUUUUUACUUCUUUGUAUAUUUAUGCCCUGUGGCUUCUAUGCCCAGCAUUUGUCUUGAGGUAUCUUUAUCACUUGGAAGAAUUAUGAUACUCGGUAAAUUCGAUAUGAGGCACGAAUUCUAUUUAAGGGUUGUAAUUAGGAAGGAAGAAGAAAAGCUAUAGAAGUAGCAGGCAGAAGAAAACUUGGGAAGAUUGAUUAUUUCUUUGACAUAUGUUCUUAGGAUCUUGAAACUUUUAAGCGAAUGUUCUUUUUGUAUGUGUUUUCCAAAUUUUUUUCCCUUUUAAAAUAUUUCUUAGAUAAAAUAUCUUCCCUGUGAAAAUUCUUAAUUUUUUGUUAUAAUACUCUAAAAGUCAGUGUUUCUCAGUUUUUUUAUGGAGUACUUAUAUUAGAAUAAAUUGGAGAUCUUGUUUUUGAGCUGCAUAUUUUGGGCCAUAUGCUAGUCAUUCUUCUUCAUUCAUUUCAUGGGGGAAACUUGUAAUUGUGCUUUACAAAUUUACAGUGGUAUUUUGACAGGGUAGUUCUUGGUUGGAGUAAAAUCCUGACAAUUUUUAACAUGAACAUUUCCAGAGUUUAUUUUACCAGGACAAGCCUAGUACUUAAUGUAAGAAUGAUGAAAAAGUCUGUUUAUUUAGGUCACACUUGAGGACAGGAUUUUUACCUUUUGCCUACAGUUAGGAAAGUCAUGGCAAUAAAUGAUCUGGUGAUGGUUAUUGUACCUUAAAUUCUUUUAUUUUCUGCUUUCAUUAAAACUCUACAUAUCUAGUACAUCUAGAGCCAGACUUUUGCUGGUCUUUGAUUUUCGAUCUCUACUUUUCACAAGUUUUCUAUAUUAUCUGACUUCUUAAGUUUAAGACCUUGUUAAAAUUGUACUUAACACAUCUGAAUGUAUUUCAUUAGGAACUGAUGAUUUCAAAAUGAGAUUUGAUUUCUGAAGUCACUGGAGAUAAGUAAGGGGAAACACAUUUAAGGGAAAUUUCUAAGGAAAUUAAGAAUAUGGUUGUAAGGCUUUAAAACAGAAGGAUAAGCCUGAGUCUGAAUUUCAGAUCUAUCAUUUAAAACCUACGGGUACAGCUGACCUAAUAACAUCAUGGGGGUGCGGGGGGGGGUUUCUUUUUCAGCAAAAACAAAAUUCUCUAGAUUGCUAAAUGAUGUUUGCAAUUUCUGACUUCUCAGAAGUAGGUAAAAAGGAUAUCAACCUUUUGAGGCUGAAAAACAAGAUCUAGUUAUAAACAUGUUAAUAAAGUAGGUCAAAAAGUAAAAACUCAAUUUUAUUAAAAAAAUAAAUAGUAAUAUUGUUUCACAUAAUAAAAGUGAAAGCUUUUAACAUUAAAGCAAAAAAUAAUCAAGUUCUGAUACAUUUUACAAAAUUUUAAUUGGAGUUUUAAUUAGAAGGGACCCUAGAGGUCAUUUCACUCUGGUGACUGACUUUUACUUAUAUACCAUACAUAAUGUAAAAUAUGAAAUAUUUUAAUAACGUAUUGAAUGCCACAUGGGAAGAAAAGCUCCAAGUGAUUUGGUUUAAUCAUUAGUGUAUUGUUUCUAUACCCAAACAAAACAAGAAAACAGGAACUAAAUACCAUAAAAAUGUGAAAUAGCUUUCAUGUUCAUAAAACAUAAAAAUGGCUCAGCUGACUUAACUGUUUGAAGUAGAUAUCAUGCCAUAAAUGACAGUGAGACAAAGCAUAAAAUUGAUUUAGUCUUGUAAUUCUGUUGAUAAGAACAUAUCUAUGCAAAUCACACUUAAAUUAGAUGAAGCUACAAAUAUUUUAGAAGAGGAAAUAUGGGAGUAAAUGCCCUAAAUACGCUAAGAAUCAUUUAUCUGUCGUCAUUGACAGUGACUUCCAUAUGUUAUUUUUUCAGGUAACUGAGGCAAAUCCAAUUUAAUCAUUGAAAUUUUUUAACAGUUUAAAAGGAAAUUUUUAAAAAUGUACUUUCUACUUCUCUGCUUUUUCUAGAGUAUUGAGAAUAUAAUAUAACUUUGUCAUCUUUAAGAACAUCAGUUCCUUUCAUGGGGUGAUAAAUAGAAAUUCACCCUUAGGGUGAAUUCACCUACUGAGAUAUGUAAUGUCUAUGCCCCUUUACUACAUGACCCUGCAUUGCUAUGCUUUUUGACUUAUGUCUGGUUUUCACAGUUUCUCUAUCUUCCCUUAUAAUCAGCUGUCACUUUAUGCUGCUGUCUUAUGUGCCUGCCUCCUGCACUAGGCCCCUAAUUUGCUGCUUCUAAUCUGCUGUGGACUGAGAAACCAGAUUGCCAAGCUUGCUAGAAUUGUGUCUAAAAUAAGAGUAAGUAGACUGAAAGAAAGCUAAGGGGCUUUUCUUGUCAGUGAAGUGCAUGGGCUUUGUAGUACCUGUUUGGCUGUGCUAUAGCAUACUUAUGUUUGCCUCUUAGUUCUUUACUAAGAACUUGCUAAAAAUACUUUGUUGAAUAUGUGAUUGCCAUAUGUUUGAAGUAUUCAGUUCUUAUAUGUUGACAUUGCUAGAAAUCUCCAUUGAUUCAGUAUAAAAGAAAAUUUAACUAUCAUCUUUGUAUAAAACAUUGUGUGUAUUUCAGGAAAAUGUUAACUAUUUUGUUCUAGUACAGUACAUUGUAACUAGUACAGUACACAGACUUAAAACUUGGAGCACUAUAAAUGUGACUUGAAUUCUGUUCGCCAAAAUUUAUAUUUGGUAACUAUUGGUUGAGACUAAACAUGCAUGACUAAUUUAGUAAGAACUGGCUAACUGAAUAUUUAAGGAAAUGAGUCAUUCUAGACAUUCCAGUUUUCUAUAGAGCUGAAACCUCUUUAAUCAUUAAAAUUUCUGAAGGAAAUCUUUUUAAAACUUAA